GUAAUAGUGUUUGCCAAUGCAACUCUGCAAAUUAAGUUUAUGUAAUUAUAUACUAAAUACUACCGUAAGUGUAAUUUAAAUCACAGUGUUAUAUAUACAUAUAUAAAUGAAAAAAAUAUAUUCCCUCAAAAGUUUUGCUCUAAGCACGCCUACAUACGCUGACGCCCUGCCGUGUGUUUAAAAAAUUCCGCUCUACAUCCAGUAUUCGCCCACAAAUCGACUGUAUAUACACACCUAUUUAAUUGCAUGUGGCGAAACAACAAAAAAAAUCAAAAAAAAAAAUUGUGUAGUUCAAACAUUUGAAAUUGCCUGCCCCUUACAUGUGACCUGACAUUUGUGCUACUCGGCGUAGCCUACAUUUAGGGGCCAAAAGUCAAAUUGAAACUAGUGAGUACAUAAACACUGCAGCGUUGUAACCAUUUCGGACGUCAGUGUGUCAUACCAACGGACAGCCGGUGGCAGACAAUUUGUGACAGUCGGAACUGGUGCACCUGUUUCGCAUAUUAAAUGUCAGUGUUGGAGCGUUGCGUUGGGCUUGCUGCAAGCUUCGCAUGAUUUUUAACACAAUUAGUAUUGCAGUUAUCGGCCUGAAAGUGGGCCGCUAGGAAUAACUACUGCAUGCCGACAGCUAGUGCUGCAGGCUAACCUCGAUUAUUUGUUGCAACAACGGUGCGCUCUGGGGAGCACACGUGACCCUAGUAAAGCGAGCUGUGCCGUUACAUAUAUAUAGUUACAUUGUUGUUGGUGGUGGUGACGAACUACCUAAACAGAUGUCUCGAUGCCUCGUUGAAAUCCAUUAAAACUCUGCUGCGCACUUAGGCAGCCAUCGGCAACCUUCAGCGGUGGCCACAAUUGAACAUUAAAUCACUUAAGAAACCACAACAACAAAAGUAGCAAUAGAAAUCAAUAAAAAUGCGUUCCUCACCCUACGCCUACCACAUCGCCAACGACUUGAGCGAAGAAGAGUCCGACGGCAAUGCACUGGACUAUCACAUGGCGGCGGCCAUUAGCUCGAACCAUCGCCAGCAGCAGCAACAACAAAUGGAAUCGAAAUUGAAAGACAUACCAGAGAAGUAUUUCAUGAUGAUUGCUCACUUCCUGGCGGGCGAUUUCAAUGACACCGAAGCGAUGGACCGUGUCAACGGGCCCAUACUGAAAGCGAGCAUUAAGUCCGUCUAUUGGCUGUUCCUCAUCCAGUAUGCGUUGCUGGCGCUGGCCGGCAUCGCCAUGAAUGUGAGCAUUAUUGCGUAUGCGAUGUAUAAUCGCCUCUACAAGGAUGUGACGCACGCAUUCAUCGUUAAUUUGGCGUUGUGCCAUUUGGUGCAGUGUGCGCUGGUGUUGCCGAUAACGUUGAUGGUGAUGCUCAUACAGAAUUGGAUAUUCGGACAAUUUUUGUGCUUCUUUCUGCCCAUGCUACAGGACAUUCCGCUGCAUGUUGCCAUAAUAUCGCACAUUCUCAUCGCCUGGGAUCGCAUGCGCUGGCUGAGCGAUCCACUGCAGGGCCGCUUGCCGGCCUUCGUCUGCUGCUGCGCGACCUGGCUUACUGGCAUGGUGAUUGCGCUGCCAUAUCCCAUCUAUACGAUUUAUGUGGAAUUGGGGGAUUAUGUGACAGAUCUAAAUGGCAUCGGCCUAUGUGUGGUCAACCUAAUGGAUGAUAUGCACGAAUAUAUGCGUGGACUCUUUUUGCUAAUGUACUGUGCGCCCUCCGUUCUGCUGGCUUAUCUUUACAUAAGGACUUCACAGGAGCUGCGACCACCUGAUGGUCCAUUUGCCGUUAUGAUGUUCGAGCAUCGCGCGGAUAUGCGAAAUCGCCAACGCAACUCAUCAGCCUCUUCGGUGGGCGGCAGCGUCGGCGCCACCAACACUUCCACCUCGGGCAUCGGCUCAGCGCUCACCACACACACGAAUGGCGGUGCCAGUGCCGGUAGUGGUAUUGGUAUGGGUCACAACACCUCAUCUGCGCUGUCGACAACCGGGUCCGCCACAACGAAGACACGCUCGUACGACUUGUACAGCGCUGAGUUGGAUGUUUAUCGGGAGAAGCGAAAGCAACGCAACUUCGGCAGCAUGGCCGCCGCUCAGAUACUUUGUCUGUGUCCGCUAAUGAUUCUACGCUUCGCACGCCUUUCCAUGGAGGAGACCUAUGAGAAUCAGAAGCAUUUCGACUUCACCUAUCUGAUGUUUGUGUGGAUCGCUUUUCUGCCCACCGUCAUCUUUCCCUGCAUUUAUGCCUCGCAGAUACUACCCAGAGAUAAACAGGAGCGCAUACGUGGCUAUUUUCGUCUUUCGACGAAACGUUUCCAUAAAUCGCGCAGUUGUGGCGGCAGCGGCAGCGGCCACACGCCCAGCUCCCGCGAGGAUUCCAUUGAAAAGGACGACAACACAAACGCCACACAAGCCACAUCGAUACUCGUGAACGGCGAGGAGUUUUUGAAUGGCGGCGGCAGCAUUACCGGCACCGCGCUGGUGACACGUCACGAGCUCAAUCGUGCUGCCAAGUUUCAACAACAGCAGCAACAGCAUCACAACAAUUGCCGACAGGCUGGCAAAGACAGCGCGAACGGCGGUGCUGCGGUAGGUCAGCAUGCUUACGGCAGCAAGUCAACGCCGCUAGCGAAGGAUGUGCGUGUGAAGAAGAAUGAUGUGAAGAUUAAGAUAAUAUCGGAUGGCGGCAAAGGCAAGAAGUCAACGUUGGCAGGCAUUGGCGGUGCUGGGCAAUUGCAGGCACAGCAUGCAGCGAAGAGCGCCAGCGUGAGCAGCGGCAGUCGACGCGAGAGUGUUGCCGGUGGCGGCGGUGGCGGUGGUAGUAUUGGUGAGCGCAAAUUGACGUUGGGCUCGUUGGAUAACUCCUGCUCGAAUAUGACCUCGUCGACCUACUGCAAUGGCGCUGGCAGUUUGCUGGAGGAUGAUGGUGGCGCAAGCAAUUUCGGUGACGGUGAAGACUCCUCAAUAGUGAGUGGCAUGAUUGUGCCACACAAGAAGUGGAGCCUCAGUGGUCAACCAUUGUUACGCAACAAAGAUUUAUCAUUUAGCGAUUGCAGCAGUUUCUCGCAUAUGGAGACAGCCAGCACGUUGGAGCGUGACAUGGAGAUAAUCGAUAUGUUGGAACGUGAACGCAGUAUGGACAUACAGGAAAUGAUAGAGCGUGAGAAGCAUGGUGAGACGGUGCGCAUGACGGUGGGUGAACGUCGCAAGCUGCCCGAUAUUGAGAAGAUUUAUCAGCGUUCGCCAAAAGCGAAACUCGAUCCGUACAGUUAUGAUGUGUCUUCGCAGGUGACGCCGACACCGUCAACAGCAACCGCCAAGGAUAGCAUACCGAACUCUUUGCUCUGCAGUGAUCCGUUGCAAUCAAGCGGUGGCAUUAGUAGUAGUGGUAGCAGCACGAAUGAUGGCGGUUAUAGCGUUGCGUCGACGUUUACCGGCGAUGAUGGUAUGGCAGCGCAUCGCCUGUCACGCAACGAUGACGGUGAGAGUGGCAUCGAUGUCGACGAAGAAGUGCCGUCCGAUUUCUUCGACAAGUACACGCCGGGCGCUGCCAAUUCGGUGCCAUAUGCCAGCAGCGGCGGCGGCCCGGCAGUCAACACCCCCACUUCCGCCUACCAGUAUCAGUACUCGCGUCGUCUGAGCCGCAAAUCGUCGCACCACAGUCAAGGCUCCAAUUCACACCGCACUUCGAAGCGAGAUAGCUUCAAUUCCUUGAAUGGCAGCGAUCUCAUUGCGGGCGCAUUCGGUGAGCUCGAUCCAACGCAACCACUGUCGAAGAUGUCAGUGGUGGAGGGGCGUAUGCGUCGCAGUAGUGGACGUACGUCCAGUUUCUCUUCCUCGGCGCGCAGUUCAAUGAAGUCACGCGACUACAGUCAUGGUUCAUCGCAUUCGGCGCAUCCAGAAUUGGAUUUCAGGGAGAAUAUAUUCGCCGAACUCUGAAGAGGUGAGUGUGGUAAGACUCGAGUUUAGGUGCCGCGAUCCAAAUUGUGCAUGCUUUAUUUGAACGAGGUGCCUAAUUGGAUUAAAUUAAGCAACGAAGGUAUGUUUGAAGUAGAAAGCUAGCUUUUAAUACGAACAAAUACAGAAACCCUUAAAUAGUGUGUAUUGGUAUGGAAGUCCUGACAGAGCAGUUUUAUAACAGUAGUUAAGCGUAAGUUUUUAUUAAUGUAGACAGAUCCUAGUAUGUGGUAAGUAAUGUUAAGUAUAAAUUUGAAAUGUGAUGAAAAUAGGUACAGAAUUGGCUUAAGCAUUCUAGAACGAAGUAUCAAAUGGAGUUUGGUGAAAGACGAGGAAAUACUUACACAUAGUGUUGUUGGAAUUGCGUUGCGUAUAAGUUAUUUGGUUUGUUAUAUGGGAAUUUAGAUAAUAAGGGUUGCUAACUGGAGCAAUAUACGAAGCUUACCUAACCUGGACUUACAGAUGAUUUGAAGGUUAGUUGACCUUUGAAUGAUGUUUGGUUAAGCAGAUUUCUGGUCAACUGUUCCGAAGGAUAUCGUUGGAAUUGUUUUAGGUCUAAUAUUUGGAUUCCAAGAUAUAUUCAUGAGUUACGGGAAUAGCAAUAAGGUGGAUUAUUUGGCUCUAAAGAACUUAAAUGGUUCGAGAAAGGACGGGUAAAACUCGGAGGAUUAUUAAGAUGAUUAUUUGUAUGAGGCAAUUGUAUGCUUUGUUCCUGAAGAACACAACAUAUGAGUCCUCUUGAAGAAAAGUACGGGUACUUGAGUAAACGAAGGCUACUAGAAUAACGCUAUUAUGAAAGAAUCUGUCAUGAGAGAGUAAAGCGUGAAAAAGUCACGUUCUAUUGUAUUUUAUAUAAGCAUUUGUUAGUUUGAUAGUUAAUUAUGGUGCAUUAAAAAUAAUAAAUCUUUUUUACAAUACUUUUAUAUAAGUUUGUUUGAGGUGUAAGGCGAUUUUCUUUGGAAAAUAUAAAGAAUUUUAGUUAGUAUUAGCUUGCAUUUGAAAAUCACUUAAGAGAGCUGCCUUCGAUUCGCUGAACCGUGAACUUAGUGAAUUAGUGAAUCGAACAAACAGCUGGUAUAAAUAUCAUAAACUGGCAUAAUUCAAUAGUUUUUGAAAGACAUCACUCAUAACACUUUGAUGUGGUAUACAGAAGCUCUCUUCCCAUAAAUACAGUUGGCUAGAUUUUAAAUUUUUUUGUACUGUAAUUGAGUGGAUUUCACACAUGCCACAGAGAGAAGUGGCGAAUCGAACAGAUAAGUGAAUCACACAAUUAAGUGGUAUAAAUCAUAGAGACAGGCAAAAUCAAGACCAAUAGAAGCAAACAUUUUGGACAAGUAACCACAAGCUCUCCAUUAUUGAACUCAGUUGGUUGACUUUGCUGUUCCUUUCACUAGUCAGCUUUUUGGCAAGAGGGAGGAGAGCUCCCUAAAACAUAGUAUAAAAAAGGUAUUGGAUAGAGGACACGUUGGUUACAUAUAAACAAGCUCUUCUAUAUUGAACUGAAAAGGUCAAUUUUAGCGUUGCUUUCACUUGUCAUCUUUUUGGACAAGAGAGAGCCGAGCUCAGAUUUAGCGAGCACAACUAACAAUUAGUAUAAAAAAAUGUUAGAGAUAAGACACAAGCUCUUUUACAUUGAAUUCAGUUACUUAAGUUUAGUGACAAAUUUCAAUAUACUGCUAGGUGCUAUUUAGACGAUGUGAUUCCUAUUUGGAAACAUGGAUCUAAGAGCCUGCGCCUACAGAUUGCUGUGCAGUCAAUUAGCAGAUGGUAGAUGUUCUUGAGUUUCAGGCUUCAUGACGCCGAACUGGCGAUUUGCACAUGAAGUUCCACCUUUGUUAUAGUAUAAGUGCUUCAUGAGUUUACAAUGACCAAGUAGCCUGAGUUUGUCCUUUGGCAGGUUGAUUACAUAUUUAAACUUUUAAGAACUUGCCAUGGCACAUACCAAGGAGAUGUUGCCAAUACCUCUCCCUACCUACUCCUUCAUCCUUGCGGAGCAGCUCUUUUAUGGUAUGGGGACCAACCGCAAUGAACGGUUCCGGUCCUAUCAUGUUGGUGGUUGCUGCGGAGCGGGCGAGCUCAUCAGCCAGUUCAUUCCAGGCUGUACAUUUGCGACCCGGCACCCAGAUCAGGUGCGUUUGGUUACGAGCUGAUUCAGCCGUUCUAUACAUUCUGGCAACAAUAGCGAUUUGAUCUCGGAUGCAGAAAUCGCUUUUGGUGCCGCCUGACUGUCGCUGAGUAUAACUAUAGUACGUAUGUAUAUUGCGAUAGUUGCGUUGGAGGUUUAUCUCUAUGCAUCGAUUUAUAUUGCUUUUUAGCAGAUGUCUUUGCUGCUUGGAAUAUGCUCGGAACCAAUAGGUAUGGAGAGUUCGGUUAUUGGUCCUGCGACUCCUGUGCCGAUUCUCUCCGACGUUUUCGAGCAGCUGGUGUACCAUUAUAUUAUACUAUAACUAAGCAGUAGCUCGAGAGCGAAAGUUUACACUUUUGCUAAUGUUAUCCAUUGGGAGAAGAGCCAGUGGUAUUUCGUUAAG